AUACAUUCAAACAUAUACGGUAAUUAGACCAUGGCUCGGGAUAAUAUUUUUGGCCUUCGGUCUCAAUGCCUACAAUACUAAUUAAAUCUUUUAAUAAUUCUUAUCUUCCUUUUCUUCCAUGUUUCAGUGAAAAAUUCACUGAAAAAAAUAGAUAAUAAUAAUUUUAAAUUAAAUAAAAUGUUGUUACCUUUUGAAGAUAUAUCGUAAAUGAAUUAGAAUUGCAAUGCCUAAUUGUAGCCCAGAGAUAUGCCCACUGCCCAGCAAGAAUCCAAUAAAUUAUCUUUUGAAGAUAUUUCGGAAAGGAAUAAGAAUAAAUUUAGCCACUUCCACAGCCCACAAAUUAAAUAAAUAAUCUUACAAAAUAAAACCAAUCACAGUCCGAUACACUAGCUUGUAUAUGGAUCUGAAUAAAUUAUUAUUAUUAAAACCAAUCACCUUUACUUUCGUUCUGUAUUUUCUUAUUAUCUAUAAGUUCUUUUCUGAACUUGUUGUACUGUUACUCUUAGGAUUGAUUCAGCUGAUGAUUCAGUCAUGACGAUUUAAAGUUUGUGAAAAAUCGACAAAAUAUCGUUAGACGAUUUCAUGAGAUCUCAUCAAUUAAAAAGAAUGGUAUCUAAUUAACAUUCUUUUUCAUAACACAGGAGACUUAUCAACUUUUUUCUGGCGAGUUUUCAAAAUUCUUAAUUUUUUUUAGCUGCAGUUUGAUUGCAAAAGGUAUUUUUAGUUGCAAUGUGUAUCUAUUUUGCUUCAAUAGGAAUGUUCUGAUAUUAAAAUUUGCAAUCAGAACUCUCUGACAGAACAGCAUCAUUACUUAUAUAUAAUCUAGUCAGAACCUUAAAAAAAAAUAAAACGUUUUCAAGAAAAAAAAGCUUCUUCAAAACUAUAAAGUAAGUAUUUGUACCUAUUUAUUCUUUCAAUUCUUUAACUAAUAUUCCUUUCACCUUUAUCCUUUUUAUCACAUUUCGUGGAUAGAAUUUCACGCUCGUGUGAAGUUUUUUCGAGAGACAAGAUCGACAUGCAACGAACUGCUCAUUUCCAGAGACGCCCUUCCGACCAAUGGAGUCGCGAAAAGCAUCGAGGAUGGGCGUCCCGGCGUUUAAUGCACCUAAAUUCCACCAUCUAUAUACAGUGGAGUGGUGAUGGAUAAACCUAAGCGAAACAAAUCACGUCUAUCGAUUUAACAAAUUUCGCGGGAUAUUAAAUAGAGGCGGCAGCCAAGGAUUCACCUCAGUCGAUGUCAAGAAAUCCUGGAAAAAGCAUAUUUGGGGAAAAGAAGUGAACAAAAAUCCCCCAAGAAGCCAAAAAAAAGUGAAAAAGUGCAGAAAUUUUGCAUUUUUUAACGUGAUCUUCACGAGAAUUUGAGGUAUUCCGGUGUGAAUUCAUCCUGGCAGAAUGGAUGACCGCACGAUUGAUCACAUUUUUGCCGGGUCGCUGGAACAUUUACCGCCAGUGAGCUCAAAAAUUGUGCGCAUUUUCACAAGUUCGACCUUCACGGAUACGACAAUGGAAAGGAAUACCCUGAUGGCAAAAUGUUAUCCCCGCAUUAAGGACUACUGCAGAGAGAAGCACGGAUUGGAAUUUCAGGUGGUUGACAUGAGAUGGGGUGUACGUGAUGAAGCCACAGAUGAUCACAUGACAACGGAGCUGUGCAUGAGGGAGAUCCAGAAUUGCCAGCGUUUGUCUAUGGGUCCGAAUUUUGUUGUCUUCCUGGGUCAGAAGUAUGGCUAUCGUCCUAUUCCAACACUCAUUCUUUCCUCUGAACUUCUCCUGAUUAGGGAAGAACUGGUCUCUAUGGGCAUUGAUGUCAUUUUACUGGACACGUGGUACAAGAAGGACAGCAAUGCUGUGCCACCAAUCUCCGUCCUUCAGCCCAUUUCGUCAAUUCUCAUCAAUUUCAACAACAAACGCGUCCCCAAACUCCAGGCUGAGGAUCAGGCAAUCUGGUGGGAUACCCUCACGAAGAUGCAGAAGCUCUUCCGCAAAGCCACAGCCUCCCUGCACGCAGCUGGGAAGCUGGACAAGGAUCAGAUGCACAACUACUUCAUGUCUGUGACUGAGCGUGAGGUCAUCAAUGGGAUUCUCAAUGUGAAGAACACGAAGAAUCACUGCUUGGCCUAUGUGCGGUACAUAAACAAUAUAAAUCUGCAGAAUCUCAAGAAGGCCGGUCUCUUUGUGGACAUCAUCAAUCGCAGCUUGGACACUGAGGCGUGCAAACUCCUGGCCAAUUUGCGCGAUGAACGACUCCCGAAUAAAAUUGAGACGACAAACAUGCAGAAGUACACAGUGGAGUGGAUUGGGCGGGAGGGAUUGGACACGGAGACGCAUGAGGAGUACUUGAAUCACUUCAUCUCCCACUUCUACAAGAACAUCAUCAAGCUCGUGGAUCGUGCCAUGCGCAAGGAGGACUCAAGUGCUCAAGGGCAGAUCGUGACGGAAAUCCUCCAGCACCUGCAUGCGUGCAAUAAUGCCGACAAAGUUUUCUAUGGGCGUGAGGAGGAGUUGGCACACAUCAAGGGCUACAUGCUCGGGGAUUCGGAGAAGCCGCUCGUGCUGUACGGCGAGGGUGGGUGCGGGAAGACGUCGUUGCUGGCCAAGAGUGCGUCGCUCUUUAUGAAGGAAUGGUUCAAGGAUGCCAAGCCCAUUAGUAUUAUUCGCUUCCUGGGCACGACACCGGAUUCCAGUGCUCUUACACCCACACUCAUUUCCAUUUGCCAGCAAAUCUCCUACAACUACAUGCUUCCCUUUGAGAGUAUUCCUGAUGAUUUAGUGCCUCUCACGGCACACUUUAAGCAGCUCCUCACGUACGCAAGUCCAGCUCAACCCCUCACACUCUUCCUGGAUUCUGUGGAUCAGCUCACAGGAGCUCAGGAUGCAAAUAAAGUCUCCUGGUUGCCCACACGCAUCCCUCCCAAUUGCAAAAUCAUCGUUUCCUGCGCCAAUGAGGAAUCCAACCCAACGGUUUCCCGCGAAUACCACAUCCUGCGUCGAAUGAUUGAUGUUGAGGAGAAUUUCGUGGAGGUGCGAGCUCUGGGCGAAGAGCUGGCGAUGAAUGUCAUCCGGAUGUGGAUGAAGACAGCCUGCCGGGAUCUCAACAACUACCAAUGGCGCCUUGUGGCGAAUGCCAUUGCAAAGUGCUCCCUGCCCAUUUUCGUGAAGCUCGUCUUUGCUGAGAUUUGUCGCUGGCGCAGCUACACACGUCCACAGGACACCCACUUGGCGUCCACAGUCAUGGACAGCAUUAUGAUGCUCUUUGAGCGAAUUGAAAAGCAACACGGGAGGAUUCUUGUCUUCCAUGCUCUGGCUUACAUUACAGCCUCCAAAUCGGGAUUGUCGGAGAGUGAGGUUGAGGAUCUCAUUUCACUGGAUGAUCGUGUGCUUGAUGAUGUCUUUCAGUACCAUUUGCCACCUGUCCGGAGGAUUCCUCCGCUCCUGUGGACGAGAAUUCGCAAUGAUUUGCCGAAUUACUUGAGUGAGAGGGAAGCUGAUGGGGUCAGUGUGAUGAAUUGGUACCAUCGUCAGUUCAGGGAUACAGCACGUGAGAGGUACUUCAAGAACAUGAAUAUGGCCAUGUACUUUCACUCUUCCAUUGCGGAUUAUUACCUCGGAAUUUGGGGUGGAGGGAAUCCCAAACCUUUCAAAUUUACCGAAAUUCAACGACAUCGUUUUGGGCUAACGGAGAAAGAGGGCUCAGCCGACAGAAAGGUCCCCGUGCAGCCACUUGUUUUCUACAAUAAAGACGGGAAAGUGUCGCGAUAUAAUCUCCGGAAGUUCGGUGAGCUUCCCUUCCAUUUGGUGCGAUCACGUCGCUUCACAGAUCUCUAUGAGAAUGUCCUUUUCAACUACGACUGGCUCCAUGCGAAGCUCUCUUCGUGCCCACUUCAAGCAGUUUUGGCUGAUUUUGAGGAUGCUUCAACGAAUAUUGACGACAAGGAUGCACGACGUGAGUUGAUGCUCGUGGCUGAUGCUCUACGCUUGGGAGGCGCUAUCCUCGCUGUUUACCCCAACAUGCUGGCGCCACAGCUCAUUGGACGCCUGUUGCCAGAAAUUGGUGGGAAUCCGAAUAUUAAGAUGUUGCUGCAUGCUUGUGAUCGCAGUGGACCCAAAGAUUGCUCCCUCAUCCCUCUCAAUCACUGUCUCCACACUCCCGGAGGACCUCUCAAGUAUUCCCUGGAGGGUCAUCAAUUUGCCGUAUUUGCCUUCGUCCUCACCAGCGACUAUCGCUACAUGGUCUCCAUCUCCACGCGCUUCAUCACCUGGGAUCUCUCCACUUCGGAUCUCACGCGUGACGUCAAUCCCGGCAUCGAGGGCAUCAUGCAGCAACUUGUUCUGUCGCCGGAUAACAAAUGGGCCGGUGCCUACACGAAUAACAACCAAUCAGUCCUCCUGAACAUGCUCUCGAGUGAAUUUGUCAUCAUUGAUAAUCCCUUUGAGGCAAAGGAUCAAGUGACAGGGGUUUACCUCCUCAAUCAGAAUCUCUUCAUUCACACAAAGCUCAAAUGGGCGCGCUUUGAUAUGCGCGGGAAUCUUCAGGAGAAAUUCGAUGCUGUGAAUGUAACGGAAGACUGGGAGAUCCUUCUGAUGGAAUUCUACUCAAUCAAUGAAUACCACGUUGUGUAUUGGACGGGGCAGAUAAGUAAUGAAAAGUUGCGUUUUGACACCUUCCGGGAGGAGAAGACAAUUCCACCGGUUAAUUUCCACAGCGCCAUGGCUAUGAAUCGCGAUAGGACAGCUCUCUAUUGCUGCAGCAAUGAUAAUAACUAUCAGGUAACAGCCUAUCGUUUGCAGGAUGAAUGGCAGGAAGAAAUUUCCCUGGCACGGUAUGAGAAUGAUGAGAAGGAGAUGUUGCUGCAGCUGAAGCUCGAUCAGCACGAUCGAAUGCUCCUCGGGACAGCCGGGAAGGGUUUCGUGAUUUGGGAUCUCGAUCCGGAUAAUCCCAUUUCACCGGAUGCCCUCUACUUGGCUUUGCCGCAUGGGGUGCGCAACAUCACAACGCGCAUGAUGCAAUCAAACUCGGUGAUGGUGAGUAGUCAGCUGAACUACGCCGUUGCGGGGGUGCGGAAGAAUCUCUACGUGUGGUGCCUGGAAUCGCGGCAACUCAUGAAGAUCCUCGAUGCUCACUUUGGGCGAAUAAUUCAACUGGAGGCGCUGACAAUUGGGAAUUGGAACAGCGUGAUCACCUCCAGUAUUGAUCGGAGUGUUAAAGUGUGGAAUAUUAACAAUAUUUUCGAACAGGUGCACGUAAUUGAUCGGCAUGAAUUGCAAAUUGACAGCAUUAGUUUGUCGCAGGAGACGGAUUUUGCCGUCACUGUGACGAGGGGAUGCGUCGGGGUGUGGGACAUUCGUCAGGGGCGUCUUCUGGCCAAACUGGCGGACUCACCUCUUGGCGCCAUUGUCACGCACUCCGAGAUCACGCCCGAUGGACGGUAUAUUCUGUCCUCGGAAACGGGGAAGAUUCUCAUUUGGAAUCGUGUCUCGGAGCAAGUUCUCUUCCGUGACGAUCAACCGGGUAUUCAGCAGAUCACCUUCCUCGAGGCUGGUGAGAAAUUCCUCACAGUUUCCUGCCCGAAUAUAAACAGCACAGAAGAUCAGAAUAAGCUCACGGGCAUUGCAACGGUGCGAACGAUCCCUGAUGGACAGAUUCAGUUCACUUUUGACUUCCCCGUGCGCAUGAUUCCGGGAAUUCCUUUCCGUUGCGCAGUUAUUACGGCCGAUGGGGCGCAUAUUGUGGUUGCAACCACGGAUAAGGGCAACAAGGACGCCAUUGGGGUGUACAGUGCCACCAAUGGGGCUCACAUACAGAAGAUCACCCUCAAGGGGUGCAACAUCAAGGAGAUCCUCUCCCUCGUUCCGCUUCCACACAAACCCAACCAAGUUGCCGUGAUCUCCACAGAGAAGGGCAGUGUGAUUGACAUCAAAACUAAGCGACAUGUGCGAUCAGUGCCCAAAUGGCAGGGAAGUUGCACCAAAGAUGGGAAAUUCGGCCUCUACGCUCCCUCAAGGGGCGGCCUGGAGCUUCUGGAACUCCGCAAAGGCACAACCGUGAAGACUUUCAUCCCCAAAGUAGCCGAAGGGGUCUUCACGGUGAUCUGCAUGUUCACAGACACAGAUGAGUACGUCCUCUACUACCACAGUGGGAAGAAAACUCUCCGUGUCUUCCGUGCUUCAGACACAGAAAUGAUCGCCAACUACAGACUCCAAGCUGAAUUGACGGCCAUUCGGAGUACAAAAGAUGGGCGAGGGGUUGUUCUUGGCACAGUUGAUGGGUGCCUGUCUGUUCUGGCCAUUGCUGAUCCCACUCUUCCGGAAACGCUGGAGUACCUCAAGAAUUUGCCCUCGCGAGAUGAGGAGUGGAAGAAGAAACUCGCACGCAUCAAGGCACGUACGCGAUUCAAGGCAGCCAUCAGGAUUGCGAGGAUCUCAACGCGAUUCGCUAAGCACACGGGUGAUCGUGAGAGUGUCUUCGGUGAUAUUGAUACCAUAUCGGAAUUCAAUGAUGACUAAGAGAGCUGAUGUAAAGCUCCUGAAAAGUUCUUACAGGUCUAACGAGGAAUCUUCCAAGGACAUGAAAUAUCUCCACAAAUUAAAAAAAAAAUAAUUCCAAAAAUAAAUAAAAAGAAAAAAGCAAUUUUAAAAAUCAUAUUUAAUAAAAAAUUGAAUAAUCACUUCUACUAGUAAAAUUUUAUUACUACAUCCUUCUGAUAUUAUUCUUCUCCUAAAACUUUCCGCUCAUUAUUGUUAGUUUCAGAAAAAAAGGUUUUCUAAUUCUUUUUUUUUGCUUCUAUUUUUUUUUAUUUUCUCAUUAAACUACUCAUGAUCAUUAAAUAGAAUAUAUAAUAUUUGUUACUUAGAUUUUAAUAGUAAAGUCAGUGUUUUUAGUAUGAAUAGUUAUUGUUUUUUUUUCUUCUUUUCUUUUUCUUAAUACACAUUUUUGAAAAAUUCUGGAGGACUCUUAUGCGGAGGGAGGUAAACAUAACGAACUUGUAUGAUCAUAAUAAAAACACAAAAAAUGGAAAAAUGGGUGUGUGUGUGUGGAAUUAACAUUACACCAACAUUAUUAUACGCGUAAUAUAAAGUAUAAUAUAGAAGUCGUGAAGUGUCACAAAAUUGCUCAAGAAAAUUUUUCAGGUGAUCUCUUUUUUUUUUUUAAUAUAUAAAUAUUAUACCUUUUCUUUAUAAUUUAGUCUCAAUAAACAUUUACUACACGAUUCAUUUUUCUUUUUUUUUUUACCACCAUCUUCACACUUUUUUGCAACACAAAUUGGUCGUAGGUUUCAAUCAACAAUACAACUAAAGGAUUUUCUUUAUUUCAUUUUUAAAGGUUUUUUCUUCUUUCAAUAAAUUAAUAUUCUUUCUUUAAAUUUAACAAUGAAGAUUUAGAGAGAAAAAUGUGUUUAUAUCAUAGAUUUUAUUAUAUAGAGUAAAUGUGUGUCUUGUGUAGAGAAAUAAAACUAAAGCAGAGACACAAUAAAUGCAAUUUAGAGAUUUUUUCUUGUUGUUAAAAAAAAAAGAUAAA